CUACAUUUCCCAGCGACCGCGGCGCCAGGAGCGGAAGCGGGAAGCGCGAAGAUGGCGGUGGAUAAGGAGCUGCUGGAGCGGGACCUCUACGGGCUGCUGGGGAUCGGCGAGAAGGCGUCCGAGAAGGAGGUGAAGACAGCGUUCCGGCAGAAGGCCCUGACCUGCCACCCGGACAAGAACCCGGACAACCCCCGGGCAGCGGAAAUUUUCCAUCAGCUGUCCCAGGCCUUGGCCGUGCUCACAGAUGCAGCAGCCAGGGCAGCCUAUGACAGGGUGAGGAGGGCAAAGAAGGAGGCUGCAGCAAGGACACAGAAACUUGAUGAGAAGAGGAAGAAAGUAAAGCUUGAUCUUGAAGCCAGAGAACGGGAAGCCCAGUCCCAAGAGAAUGAAGAGGAGGAGACCAGGAUAACGAGAUCAUUAGAAGAAGAAAUAAUCCGCCUGCGUGAGGAGGGCUCCCGGCAGCUGGAGGAGCAGCAGAGGCUGGUCAGGGAGCAGAUCCGCCUGGAAAGGGAGCAGCACAGCCGAGGCAAGCAGGAAAGAAAUGGAGCAGAAGGCAAAGUAACUCCUAAGCUCAAGCUCAGGUGGAAAUGCAGAAAGGAAGAUGAGACUGGAGGGGGAUACUCCAAAGAUGUGCUGCUGCAGAUCCUGCAAAAGUACGGUGAUGUGCUCAAUUUGUUGAUCUCCAGCAGGAAGACUGGGAGUGCAGUGGUGGAAUUUGCCACGGUGAAGGCAGCUGAGAUGGCUGUGAAGAAUGAAGUUGGCCUGCUAAAUAACCCCCUGAAGAUUUCCUGGCUGGAGGGCCAGCCCCGGAGCCACCCCAGCACCAUCCUCCCAGACAGCACCAGCCAGCCCAGGACCUCACAGGCCUCGGUGGUGUCGGAGCGGGACUACGAGAGCCUGGUGAUGAUGAGGAUGCGCCAGGCAGCCGAGAGGCAGCAGCUCAUUGAGCAGCUCCAGCGGGAAGACGAGGAGGAAAAGUCCCACACUUAGCAUGAGAGUAUGGAUUCUUCCCGUCCUUCCGUCCCCUCAGAGCUGUUUCUUAAUUUAAGUCAAUAAACCUCUUUUUUUCUAAAGGUA